AUGAUUGAUGAUUCACAAUAAAUAAUAAAGGAAUUGAUCUAAAGUAAUUCAAUUCAACAAUUAAUUGAAUUUAUGAGCAAAGUCAAACCAAACAUAUUGAAUCUAGAUUGUGGCAAGAAAUAAACUAGUAAAUGUUUCCAUAUGAAUCUAGUUCUACAUAUUGCAGUUCAGAGAAAUGAUUAUCCCUUUCUGAAAUAUCUUGAACAAUAUUCUUUUGAUAAUUAUAAAGAGAAUGAGAUUAGAAAAUUAGUUAACACCUAUAAUAUAGAAAUAUUCACAGCCCUUCAUAUUGCAUCUUACAAUGGAAAUGUGGUAUUAUUAUUGUAUUUAAAUAAGUAAGCCGUGAAGAUCUUAAUAAAUAUGGGUGCUGAUUCUGCUCUUAAAAGUGGAUCUGGUUUAUUGCCCAUACAUGCAGCAGCUUAAGGAGAUUAACCAUAUAUGGUGGUAUGAUUUUUCUUUAAUAAAAGUGGUAUUGGAUGUAAUAAGGGAUUUCAAUAAAUGCUCAAGAUGAUGCAGGAAAUACUUGCUUGCAUUGGGCAGCAUAUUAGAAGUAAUUUUCUAUUUUUGAGGUUAUAGUUGUGAAUUAACUGUGAGCUAUUUGAUUUCAUUUGGUUGCAAUAUCGAUUCAAAAAAUAAUGAAUAAUAAACUGCAUUACAUAUUGGGGCAUCUUAUGGAUAAUCUAAAGUGGUUAAGAAAUUACUAAUCAAGGGAGCUUAAAAAAAUAUAUAAGUAAUUUGAUAAUUUUCUAUUUAGGAUGUAGAUGAAUAGUUACCAAUAAAUUUGACAGAAUCUAGUUAAAUUAAAAAAAUGCUUGAGAACAAAACAGAUUUAGCAUUAUUUUAUAAUUUGAAACAACCAUAUCAUCCAAUUAAAAGAAAUAGAAAAUCAGUAUCUGUUUACUACUUUGUUAUUUUAACAUCUUAAUUUUGCAUCGGAUACAUAUUAUGGGAAAUGUAGGGAAUAUUCUUGUAAAUUUUUAUGGUUUUUCUGGCUAUUCUACUAAUGGUUUCAAUUCUAGCAUAAUGUUGUGAUCCAGGAAUUAUUACUCUACAUAUUACUGUAGAAGAGGCUAUAAAUUAAUAGAUAGAUCCUAUUAAUAUCUGUCCAGAUUGUUGGGUUAUUAGACCUUAGAGAUCUAAACAUUGUGAAUUCUGUAAAAAAUGUGUAGUUGUUUAUGAUCAUCAUUGUCCAUGGAUAAAUAACUGUGUUGGAGCUAAGUAAAUCAUAGAUUAAAUAUAUGUAGAAACUUAAUUUAUUUUUAUCUUUACCUUAUUACCCUAAUUCUAAUUUAGAUUUAUUCAGCUACUAUAAUCGUUUUAUGUAUUUACAUUUAGUUAUUUAGAUUUUUUUUAAUCUGAAAGCUUAUCUUUAUACAACUAUCUAUUAAUGCUAUACCCUAUCUUAAAUAUAUUGAUUUUUAUUACUCCAAUUUUGUAAGAUUUCAUUUUUACAUAUUAGUCUUUUAUGUAUAUACUAGACAAAGAAUUUGUAUUAUGGAAUCACUACUUACGAAAGAAUAACUGGAUAAAAAACUAACAUGAAGUCCAGUUUAUUAGAUCCUUAAGUAAGUAUAAUGUAUUGAUAUUUCAUAAGGAAAACAUUCAAGAUUCAUAAUCCGAAGAAAUAAAAAUAGAACCAUCUAUUUAAAAUUGUUUUAAUUAAUGCUUUAGAAAUUAGAACAAAUUUAAAAAAUAUACAUAAAGUUGA